CUUGGCCUGCUCAAUGUCCGAGCUAUGUCCUUCCUCAUCUUGUGGUACAUCUUCAGUGCAUUUACUCUAUUCCUAAAUAAAUAUAUUUUAUCAACUUUGAAGGGUGAUCCUUCAUUUUUAGGUGCUAUGCAGAUGGUGAUGACAACAAUAUUUGGUUUUAUUCAGAUGUAUUUACCACUAGGCAUGUAUACUCCUAUAGAUAGGGAGGGUAAACCACCUCACUUCUGGAGAAACAUGGUAUUAGUUGGUACUAUGAGGUUUGGUACAGUAGUGUUGGGACUGGUAGCCUUAAAAUUUGUAGCUGUAUCAUUCACAGAAACAGUAAAAAGUUCAGCUCCUUUAUUUACUGUGUUUAUAUCACAAGUUUUAAUAGGAGAAUACACAGGACCAUAUACAUUCCUCUCUCUCAUACCAGUUAUGUUGGGACUAGCUCUAUGUUCGGCUUAUGAACUUAGUUUUAAUAUUCAAGGUUUUAUAGCAGCUCUCGCCACCAAUUUAACAGAAUGUUUACAGAAUGUUUAUAGUAAAUUAUUAAUUAGUGGAGAAAAAUAUAAAUAUACUCCAGCAGAAUUACAGUUCUAUACAUCACUAGCCUCUAUGGGUAUCCAAAUUCCAUUUCUACUGAUUAUGAUGGAUACAACCAGUGUUCGUAAUAAUAUGGAUUAUACGUUAUUUUUUACCUAUAUUAUUAAUGGUAUAUUUUUUCAUUUUCAAAGUAUUACAGCUUAUGUUUUAAUGAGCUAUAUAUCACCUGUUACUCAUAGUGUUGCUAACACAGUCAAAAGAGCGUUUUUAAUCUGGCUAUCUGUGAUUUUAUUUGGAAAUCCGGUCACGUUUUUAAGUGGAAUUGGUACAGUGACUGUAACUAUUGGUGUUUUAUUAUAUACUAAAGCGAAGGAAUAC